AUGGGAAGCCGUGGGGUGUUGAGGCAUUGGCCUCAACUAGUUUAUGUUUUUGCUUUCUUCUUAUUAGCCACCAUUAAUGUCAUUGCUGACGAUAAGCAUUAUGUUUAUAAUUCGCCAUCACCCGUGAGUUGGAAACUACCACCACCGGUGAAGGACCCAUGGCAAAAAUCACCAUACAUUUACAAGUCUCCACCACCACCAUCAUCAUAUGUGUAUAAUUCUCCCCCUCCACCUCCAUAUGUAUACAAGUCUCCCCCUCCACCGUCACCUUCACCACCACCACCACCAUAUGUUUACAAAUCUCCACCACCACCGCCUUAUGUUUACAAGUCUACACCGCCGCCAUCACCAUCCCCACCUCCUCCUUAUGUCUACAAGUCUCCCCCUCCACCUCCAUAUGUGUAUAUGUCUCCCCCUCCACCUUCACCUUCCCCACCACCUCCAUAUGUUUACAAAUCUCCACCACCACCUUCAUCAUCACCACCACCUCCUUAUGUCUACAAGUCUCCACCGCCAUCAUCACCAUCCCCACCUCCUCCUUAUAUCUACAAGUCUCCACCCCCACCAUCACCUUCCCCACCACCUCCAUAUGUGUACAAGUCUCCCCCUCCACCGUCAUCUUCACCACCACCUCCAUAUGUUUACAAAUCUCCACCGCCACCUUCACCAUCACCACCACCUCCUUAUGUCUACAAAUCUCCACCGCCACCAUCACCAUCACCACCUCCUCCUUAUAUCUAUAAGUCUCCCCCUCCACCGUCACCUUCCCCACCACCUCCAUACUUGUAUAAGUCUCCCCCUCCACCGUCACCUUCACCACCACCUCCAUAUAUUUACAAAUCUCCACCACCACCUUCACCAUCACCACCACCUCCUUAUGUAUACAAGUCUCCGCCACCACCAUCACCAUCCCCACCUCCUCCUUAUAUCUACAAGUCUCCCCCUCCACCGUCACCUUCCCCACCACCUCCAUACGUGUAUAAGUCUCCCCCUCCACCUUCACAUUCCCCACCGCCUCUGUAUGUUUACAAAUCUCCACCACCACCUUCACCAUCACCACCACCUCCUUAUGUCUACAAGUCUCCACCGCCGCCAUCACCAUCCCCACCUCCUCCUUAUAUCUACAAGUCUCCACCCCCACCAUCACCUUCCCCACCACCUCCAUAUGUGUACAAGUCGCCCACUCCACCGUCACCUUCACCACCACCUCCUUAUGUUUACAAAUCUCCACCACCACCUUCACCAUCACCACCACCUCCUUAUGUCUACAAGUCUCCACCGCCACCGUCACCAUCCCCACCACCUCCAUAUGUAUACAAGUCUCCCCCUCCGCCGUCACCUUCCCCACCACCUCCAUAUGUAUACAAGUCUCCCCCUCCACCGUCACCAUCACCACCACCUCCUUAUGUAUACAAGUCUCCACCGCCACCAUCACCAUCCCCACCUCCUCCUUAUAUCUACAAGUCUCCCCCUCCACCGUCACCGUCCCCACCACCUCCAUAUGUGUAUAAGUCUCCCCCUCCACCUUCACCUUCCCCACCGCCUCCAUAUGUUUACAAAUCUCCACCACCACCAUCACCAUCACCACCACCUCCUUAUGUCUACAAGUCUCCACCGCCACCAUCACCAUCCCCACCUCCUCCUUAUAUCUACAAGUCUCCCUCUCCACCGUCACCUUCCCCACCACCUCCAUAUGCUUACAAAUCUCCACCAUCACCACCACAUCGGUAUUACUAUAAAUCACCACCCCCACCGUCAAAGUCUCCCGGAACACCAAAGCACUACUGA